AAAAUUAUGUCGUGCAACAGUGAACAGUGAUCGUUCGGACGCGGUGCCCACACCACACAGCAGACACCAGCAGCAGCACUUGGCCGUCGCCCGUCUGUGAGUGCGCGCCCAGUCACACAGCAGGAGACAGCAGAACAUCAAUCGCGGCUCUAUAUAUCGCGCGCCCAUUCGGCACACAGCACAGACAUUGUAACAUCUAUAUAGGCCCGUGUGUCAAAUCAUCAGUUGUGCGCCAAAGUUUUACUUGUUUUUAAUUUUUGUUUGCGCAACAAAAAAUCAGCAGCAGAUGAAUUCCAGUGAACGUGUUUCUUCUCGAGUGCUGCUGUUUCUGCCCGCCUGUGUGUUUUCGGGUUGUUGGGUUGUUGUUUGCCUCAGUCAAAGUGCGUGGAUGUGAGAGAGUGCCUGUUUUGCAUAUUCGCCCGCAAGGAGAAAUAAGAAAAAAAUAAAUAAAAGAGCAAGAUCCACCGACGGCCAUAUUACAUCAAAACAUUUGGCUGUGUUGUUGUGUUGUUGUGAGUUGGGGCGAAAAGUUCCGGGAAAAAGUGAAAUUCAAUUUGAUAGAAACGUUUUAAAUGUACCUGAAGUGUCGUCGUCUUCUACCAUCGGAUUUCGAUUAAACUGGUUAACACAUAAGUUGGAGAGAUUUGCACAGUUGUCCUAUUAUAACGUCUGGCCAUCGCAUGGCGCAAUUCGGCCAGCUGCACGCCGCCAACAACCUCAACAACAACAACAGUUCAAUGACGACGACGACGACAGCGAGCGCUAACGUCAGCGACGCCGCCAGCGCAACACCGGCCCAUCACCAGGGCGCCAUGAGCAGCGGCAGUUGCAGCAGCAGCAACAGCAGCAGCAACAACAGCAGCCGAGACGAUCGAAGUCUUCGGCUGAUGGCGGCGUCGGCAGCAGCCGCGGCCGUUUCGACCACGACGCCCAUCGUCUUGUCCUCCCCCCGGACGCCACCCACGACAUUAACGGCGUCGUCCGGUUGUUGUUGCGACGGCAGCCGACCCUUGGUCCCCGAUCCCCUCACAGGUCAAUCGAUUUGCGCUUGCCAACUCGAGUCGGGCUCGGCCACUUCGACGGCGGCCAUGUUGUUAGGCCUACCCGGCCGUCUGAGUGGAUCGCUGGCCGGCAGCACAACGACAACGACGACCUCAGCCUCGCCGGGCGCCACUUCGGCCCUCGGCCUAGGCCUCAGUCUCUACCACCCCUACCACCAACACCAACAGCAACAACAACAGCAGCAACAACAACACGACCUGGUCCACCACCACCAACAGGCGAUAGCCGCCGCUCACCAGCAACAGCAGCAACAACCUUUCCUGACCCCCGAUCAAUCAUCAUUUUACGCAGCUGCUAACGCGGGUCACGACCUGAAAGAUUCGGCACUGGCGUUCAACGGAGCGGCAGCCGCCGCUGCAGCCGCCGCCGGAUGGCCGUACCCAUCCAUGUACUAUCCGUACGAUCCGGCCAUGGCCGCCUAUCCCUUCGGCGGGUACGGAAUGGAUUUGAACGGGUCGAGGAGAAAAAACGCCACCCGCGAGACGACGGCGACGCUCAAGGCCUGGCUGUCUGAGCACAAGAAGAACCCGUACCCGACCAAAGGUGAGAAGAUCAUGUUGGCCAUCAUCACCAAGAUGACGCUGACCCAAGUGUCCACUUGGUUCGCCAACGCCCGUCGUCGGCUCAAAAAGGAGAACAAAAUGACGUGGGAGCCAAAGAACCGCAACGACGACGGCGACGACGACGACGACGGCGACAGCAGCGACGCCGAGCCCUCCAAGGAUCACCACAAACGAUCGUCCUCAGACGGGCGUGACGGAGUUUUAUCGGCGGCCGACAGCAACGCGGCCCACCACCACCGGGCCUGGAACGGGAUCGGGUCGGCGGGAUCGGGUCAUCAUUUGGUGAUGGACGACCACCACCACCAGCAACUGCACCGGUUGCAUCAGCACCACCGGCACCACCGCGACAGUGAGGACAACAUCGACGUCAUGCUGGACAGCGAUGAGGAGGAGCUGGACCUGUUGAGUUCCGGCGGCGAUUCGGCCUGUCUCUCACCUCCGGCCGACCAUCACCACCACCUCCCGGGCAGCCAUCACCUGGGCAACCACCUGGGCAACCACCACCACCUGGGCGUCGUGGCGUCGACGGGCGUCCCGCACAGUUCCUCCUCGUCGACGACGACGUCGACCAACAGCAGCAAACCCAAGAUCUGGUCGCUGGCCGACAUGGCCGGCAGUCAGCCUAGUCAUCAACCACCAGCUUCCGGCUCACCCCACACCACGGCCGCUGCCGCCCUCAUCCAACAACAACAGCAACAACAGCAGCAACAACAGCAACAGCAAGCGGCUGCAGCGGCGGCCGUGGCGGCCGCCGCCGUUUUCCCGUUACCUUUCGGCCCGUUGUCGCAGGCCUUUGGUCUCCGCUCACCGCACAGCAGUUUCCUGCCGCCCAACAACAACAACAACACAACUCCAGGUGGUGGCAAAAUCUUUUCGUCAUUCUCGCCGCGAUUGCCGCCGACUUCUCCUUACCUGGACGCCGUGGGCGGAUCGCCUUACGGUAGGCCUACAGCAGCCGCAGCCGCCGGCGUCUAUCGAUACCCUCCGCCACCGCCGGCCGGCAAUCCGGCCUCGUCCACCUCACCUUUCGGCGGCGCAAUGCGGAGUAGCGCCGGAGCAGCGGCAGCGGCCGGUUCGGCUGGAGAAGCGACGUCGAUGGCGCUGGCCUACAAUCAGCUCAUGUCCAGCAUGGCGGCCCACUUCCAGCAGCAGCAGCACCUCCAACAACAACAUCACCACGGCCUAGUGGCCGGCAGCAAUGCUUCGGCGGCCGCUGCCGCCGCCGCCGGCAAAAUGUCCGGGGCCACAUCGUCCGCUACCUCACCGGGAGUUCUGGAAAAUCUGGAGAAAUUGGCCGCGUUAGCCGCCGGCGCUUCCUCCUCCUCCUCGUCGGCCACCAAUCGCAACGACAUGAAGAGCAGCGUCGCCGGUAAUUGAUGACAUAAUACACGACCACACCCCAACAAAUUUAAGAGUACGACAACAAAAGAAAAUUCAAACAUCUAUCUCGAUUUUAGUUCCUUUUAUUGAUUUUGAUUUGAUUGACCCGCUAAACAGCAUCCCCACUUGUAUUAAAAAAUUGAAAAGAGAUCGAAAUUAAUUUGUCUCUUUUCGAGCUACAUAUUAUAUGAAAUUGUGUUUGUCCGUGCCUAUUUGUAUGCCAAUUUCUUUGCCCAUCACCACCACCACCACCACCCCACGCCCUGGUUGUUUUUGUUGUGUCCAUUUGUUUCUCUAUUUCUCUAUUUCUCUCUCUCUCCACUAUUGUAUAAUAUAGGCCUGAAAUCCACAACAACAAUCGAUUCAAUAUCCACGUCAUGUUUUCUUUCUUUCUUUCUUUUAUGAGCAUCAAAUUUCCCAGUUGAUGGGAAUUUUAUUUCUCCUUUUUUUGUAUUUCUGCAUUCGUGGAUUUUGAUUAUUUCUUCUAAUUAUCGACACACCUGGACAUUUUGUUUCUACCUGAAAACGGUCGACGCGAGGUCGGAGAUCUCAUUUGUUCUUUUUUUUCUUAGAAAAUAAUAAUUAAUUUGUCAUCGCCGCGACGACGUUCAAAUUGACCGAGUCCAGCUCGAAAGAUUCAGACGCUCUUCCCGAUCAAAUCGCCGAUCCGCACGCACAAACAAAUUUUUUUCCCCCUCUCUCUCUCUCUCUUUUUCUCUCUCAUUUCCAUAUUAUAAAAAACAAAAAAAUUAUUAUUGGGCUUACAUAAACUAUUUAGUUCAUUUUUAUUAUACAUCAAAGUGUUUGUUCCAUUUUUUUUGUUUUUUAAUUAUUACAAAAAACGAUCGUUCAGGGUUUUUUACGAGUUAAACAACGACGAAAAUCCUGACAAAAAAUUUAAUCGACAAUUUUUUUUUAAAUAUUCAAUUGGCAAAAUUUAGAAACUUCAAAAAAUAAAAACGCGGGAAUUUUUGAAAUUUGAUUUACCUCAUUAUUUUGGGGUUCAAACCAUCGCAGCCGGAAACUAAAAAAUUCCGGACGAACCUCCUCCUCCCCCCAUCCAGUUCCUAAAACAUAUCUACACAUCUAUCUCUCCCCCACCACAAAACAAAAAAAAUCCAGCGCAAAAAAAAAUCAUCCAGAAAAAUUUUUAAAU